AUGAGCAAUCAUUUCGAAGGACCACUUUUCGAAAGACCACUGGAUAUGGAUGGCCCGAAUAAUUUGGCGAUUUCCAAUAAUUUUAAUGCGGUGAUUAAAAACAAAAGAUCAAAAGUGGACCAUGUCGAUGAGCUUUCCGAGUCGUUCGCUCAAAUUUUUCUCUCCUCCGAUCACAGUGACGUCACUCUAGUGCUAGACGACGGUUCAGAAUUCCCGACUCAUCGUCUGAUUCUCGCCGUUCGAAGCUCGUUCUUCAAAGCGUUGCUUUACAACGGUUUCCAAGAAACUCAUCAGACACGUGUCGCCCUGAAAGAGACGAACUCCAAGGCGUUUGAAGCGGUUUUACAGUAUAUGUACACGUCGAAAAUCGAUUUUUCUGGAGUGGAAUUGGAGAUUCUUCUGGAAUAUUUGAGUCUGGCACAUCGAUACGAUUUGGGGCAACUGAUGACGGCGAUUAGUGAAUAUUUUAAGGAGAUUUUGAAGACAGAUAACUUGUGUAGCAUUCUAAACGCGGCGUAUUUCUUUCAAUUCGAGGAUUUAAUAGAGUUUUGUAUGCAUUUCUCGGAUAAUAGAGCGGAUCAACUACUGGAUGACCCGAGUUUCACGAAACUUACCGGGGAUUCACUAAAAGAAUUGUUGAGCCGCGACUCAUUUUACGCUAGAGAACUGAAAAUAUUCAUGGCAGUCCGCACGUGGACUGAGAAGAAUCCGACGCAGAAGAAGGCGUCGAAAGAGUUGUUAGAGUUGGUCAGAUUACCGUUGAUAUCUCAGAAUGAUCUACUCAGCUCGGUACGACCCACCGGAUUGGUGGAUGCUGAGGCGUUGUUGGAUGCGAUUGAAAAGCAGACGCAAAAACCGCAAGAGAUUAAGUAUAGGGGGUGUAAAGAUCCCAAACCAACCUCCUGUCCGAAGGCGAAGGCAUCGCAAGACACAGCCAAGAGAACAGCUUCCUUUGGGUCGAGAACUCCACAUGGUGGAUCAACUCCGAGACGCUUCAUGUUGGUCGUCUUGAUUCCGUAUCCAAUACGACGAGCCGACGAGUUGAUCACCUUGAUGUGGUAG